AAGUAUUAGGUGGUUUCUGGGAGGGUCUAGAACAGGAGGAGCUCUGUAUUAGUUAGCGUCUGUGUUGUGCAUCGGUAUCGCGUUUUGUGUUGCUCUAUUCGCUUUGCUUCAUUUCUAUUCUUCUGCUCUCUUCUACAUUGUGCUGCGCCUUUCAGGAUGGUGGAACCUGCAUAUACUGUGGCAUCUGACAGUGAAACCUCUGGAGAAGAAAAGUCAUCUACUUUUCCUGAAAUAGCGAUUGGAAUUGACAUUGGUACAUCACAGUGUAGUGUUGCUCUAUGGAAUGGUUCCCAAGUGGAGCUUUUGAGGAACACAAGGAAUCAAAAGAUUAUGAAGUCAUAUGUAACCUUCAAAGACACCAUCCCUUCUUGUGGAGUUAGUAGUCAACUCUCCCAUGAUCAGGAGAUGCUGUCUGGAGCCACAGUUUUCAACAUGAAACGCUUGAUUGGCAGAGUUGAUACUGACCCGGUUGUCCAUGCAAGUAAAAACCUCCCAUUUCUUGUACAGACCUUGGACAUUGGCGUUCGCCCAUUUGUUGCUGCAUUAGUGAACAAUAUGUGGAGAUCUACGACUCCAGAAGAAGUCCUGGCAAUAUUUCUGGUGGAAUUAAGAGCAAUGGUCGAAACUCAGUUGAAACGACCAAUAAGAAAUGUAGUUCUUACAGUUCCAGUUGCAUUCAGUCGAUUUCAGCUAACCCGGAUAGAGCGUGCUUGUGCCAUGGCUGGCCUUCAUGUUCUCAGAUUAAUGCCUGAACCAACAGCUGUGGCUUUGUUAUAUGGACAGCAACAACAGCAGGCUUCUCAAGAAAAUUUGGGCAGCGGAAGUGAGAAAAUUGGUCUCAUUUUCAAUAUGGGUGCUGGUUAUUGCGAUGUUGCUGUCACUGCUACUGCUGGAGGAGUAUCGCAGAUAAAAGCCUUGGCAGGAAGUACCAUUGGUGGUGAAGACUUGCUUCAGAAUAUGAUGCUUCAUCUGUAUCCAGAUUCUCAAGAUCUGUUUAAGAACCGUGGGGUCAAAGAAAUUAAAUGGAUGGGCCUGCUUCGAGUUGCAACCCAGGAUGCCGUUCACCGGCUUUCCUCUCAGACCAGUGUUCAGGUUGAUGUGGACUUGGGAGAUGGUUUGAAGAUAAGCAAGGUUGUUGACCGGGAGGAGUUUGAGGAGGUAAACAGAACGGUGUUUGAGAAAUGUGAAAGCCUUAUCAUCCAGUGUUUGCAAGAUGCCAAGGUAGAAGCUGAGGACGUAAAUGAUGUAAUAAUUGUAGGUGGAUGCUCUUAUAUCCCAAGGGUGAAGAAUCUUGUUACUAACAUAUGUAAAGGAAAGGAACUUUACAAAGGCAUGAAUCCUUUGGAAGCUGCUGUUUGCGGUGCAGCAGUGGAAGGAGCUGUUGCUUCUGGCAUCAAUGAUCCCUUUGGGAACUUGGACUUGUUAACUAUCCAAGCCACACCUCUUGCCGUUGGGAUUCGAGCUGAUGGGAACAACUUUGUCCCUGUAAUUCCGAGGAAUACCACAAUGCCAGCGCGGAAGGAGCUAGUUUUCACAACUGUUCAUGAUAAUCAAAACGAGGCAUUGAUCCUUGUCUAUGAAGGUGAGGGUAAAAAGGCAGAAGAAAACCACUUGUUGGGAUAUUCCAAGAUAGUGGGAAUACCUGAGGCGCCUAAAGGAGUCCCAGAAAUCAACGUGUGCAUGGACAUAGACGCUGCGAACGUGCUAAGAGUUUUAAUUGGUGUCGUGAUGCCUGGUUCUCGCCAACCUGCAAUUCCUGUUAUGGAAGUAAGGAUGCCAACGGUAGAUGAUGGGCAUGGUUGGUGCGCUGAGGCGCUAAAUAGAACCUAUGGUGCUAACCUAGAUUUGGUUACCCUCCACAACAAAGCAUAAAGUGAUACACAACAUCUUUGUACUUUUUUUUUUUUUCUAGUGUUGUUUUCUUGUGGUUGUUUCCGCAAUACAAGUUGAUGUACAUGACAUGUCAGAUGUUUGUAAUGUUUAUCUCAAAUAAUGAAAAUAGUAUAUGCC